UGCGAUUUUCGUUUUUUUUGGCAAUUUCAUAUUCUGCCGCAGAUCGCACUGCCACAACAACACCACCACAACAACUGAUGCGCAAGAGGCAGUUGUUAGAGCAAUGUCUUAUCGAUCCGUAUCAUGGCCCACCGGCGUGCACCGUCCUGACUACAGGAUGCGGAAUUGGCCUUUAUUGUCUAAUUUGGUCCUGCUCCUUUCCAUCAGCCAUCGUGUGGCAUCCAUGAAGUCCAACUGGUCGCAGACCACUUGUGGGAAAACGUUUUGUGAAAAAUCCAUGGAAUAUCCAAUUUCCAUAUUCCAACAAAAGCAACUGACAAAUGACAGUUCGCUGGAAUUUUUGAAGAAUCUACAAAUCACCAAUAAGCCGAACAAAGAAGUCAGCGAGGACGAUCCUUAUUAUUCACAGUACGGUGAUAUUCAAAUUCAAAUCUGCCCAUCGGAUGUGUCAGUUAUCUUCCCACAAGAAGCACUCAAUACGCGUGGUCAACGCAGAUUCUUAAUAAAUUUCCCGCCGUUCAUGCAAGGGAUCCGCGUAGAACGUUGCCUACCGGCACCGAUUAGCUCCCCGUGCAGCUAUGUCGGCGUGCCUCCCGGCUUCCAGUCGAUCUGCUCCCAGCAGGAGAUGGAGCACCGGCUGACCACCAUCGACACGGACAUUAACGGCGUCGUCCAAACCGGAACUGACAUCUUCCGCCUGCCCAGUUACUGCACCUGUCGCCUGAUCCCCAACGACGCGAUGGCCCGGGGACCGUUAUGCGCUAACCUCAACGCCCCGCAACCACCACAGACUGUGCCGGUAUUUGGACUGUACGGUGAUGAGGCCACACGCCCCACCCAAACGGCUCCAGGUCAACGGGCAUUCGUCAAAAAAGCAUUACCGGUAGCUUUGACGUCGCGAACGGAGGGAUUGUUCAGUGAUGGGAUGAAGGCCGGUCCCUUAGCUGAUGAGCCGGUAUCCUCCGGCGCCAGCCCGAUGAGAUGGCGCGGAUUUCUGGUGGAUUAACGUCGCUGACCUUUCGAAGUGCAUCGUUGGUAUCGUUGUUUGGUAUGGUCUUUUACUUUUAUUGUAGUCUUUUUAUUGCUUUAGCUAAUGUGAUGGCUAACACAACCUUUGGGAUUUCAAGUUCAGCAAGUUCAAGGGAUUUCAAGUUCAGGUUGUGUUUUUCGUUAGGAUGUACAAAGUUUUUUGGCACUGAAACAUUAAUACAACAAAACUAUGAGCAUUUUGGUAGAUAGUUAAACAAAUUAAAGAAAUAAAAACA